AUGCUCUUGUUUCUUGCGGUGUCUCUUCAAACAGUUUCUGCUCUUGAUAAUGGGUUGGCCAGGACGCCACCAAUGGGUUGGAUGUCGUGGACCGCAUUCUAUUGCGAAAUGGACUGCGUCAAACAUCCUAAGUCGUGUAUCAAUGAGAACCUCUACAUGGAAAUAGCCGAUGCUCUCGUGAGAGGAGGCUACCGAGAAGCCGGAUAUGUGAAUGUGCACGUUGACGACUGCUGGAUGGAACGAGAAAGAGACAAAGAUAGUGGGCGACUGUUACCCGACCGCUACCGUUUUCCAAAUGGCAUGCACGCAUUAUCCAGAUAUAUGCAUGCAAGAGGACUAAAAUUUGGCAUUUACGGCGACUAUGGAACAAAGACAUGUGCAGGUUUUCCGGGUAGUUUGGGUCACCUGAAAGUGGACGCUGAGACUUUUGCCCAGUGGGAAGUAGAUUAUUUGAAGCUCGAUGGAUGCAAUGUUGACACGGCUCUCAUGCGCCAAGGUUAUCCGAGCAUGGAAAGAGAACUGAAUCUCACUGGAAGACCAAUUGUGUAUUCAUGUAGUUGGCCGGCAUACCUUAUCGACAAGCCAGAGCAGAACAGACACAUUCCGACACACGGUCCUGGACAUUGGCACGACCCUGACAUGCUAGUCAUCGGAAAUUCGGGAAUCACUGUGAACAUGGCUAUCGCUCAGAUGACAAUCUGGUCAAUAUGGUCGGCUCCACUGAUCAUGUCCAACGAUCUUCGAACGAUAGCCCCAGAAUUUCAAAAAAUCCUCCUGAAUCGUGACGUAAUCGCUAUCGAUCAGGAUCCUAUUGGAAAAAUGGGACGCCUGGUCGCUAAUAUCUCCGGCGUCAGCGCGUACGUGAAGCCGAUUACACCCGUCUACGACGGAGAGUUCUCCUUCGCUCUCGGGUUCCUCAAUCGUAACAACAAAAAAAAUGAUGUCCAGUUCACACUGAAAAAUCUUGGUCUUACCAAUCCACGCGGAUACGAAGUGAAAGACCUAUGGAUGCCAGCACCAACCUUAAAACUUUAUCCUACUGACACUAUCGAGAUUAUUGUACCUGGUACAGGAGCGUCGAUGUUUCGCGCAGAGCUGGUGAAGCCGAAUCGAUGGAUCGCGAAUAACCGAAUAUCCGAAGUGUUUACUAACAGAGUUCUGAUGGAUUUCUGA